AGACAGCAAAACACAGAGAUUUGUAGAGCAGCACAUCCCUUUUCCAGGAUGACAAGAAUCCUUGCUGAAUCCUGCGCUAGUUAUUAUACAGCCAACAACACGUUUGUGGAUAGUUUUGGCUGCCCUGGGAAAGGUGAUACUAUAGAUCUAAUAUACUGCUGUGGGUUCGCUGACUUGAAAUAUUGUUGCAACGAACCUGGAAACUACUUUCCCUACAAGCAUGGAUAUAUGUGGACACUUAGUGUAGGAGCUCUGAUUGGCUUGGCGAUUGCUGCACUGGUUUUAUUAGCCUUUGUCAUCAGUGUCUGUGUUCUUUGCUAUUUGUUCCUAUAUACAAAGCCACAUAGAAUAGAGACUGGUUUGAAGUUGCAGCAUAUAGGAUCUUCAUCUUCCCACAAAGGCAAUGUAAACAAAAAGACAAAAUCAAACUAUCCUACAAGGGUUACUAAUUCAACCGUGGAAGCAUUCUCUGAACCAGGCGGGACCAUCCAAGAAAAGCUGACAGUUCUUACACAAAUUAAUGUGACCAAAUUGUAA